AUGGAUCUGUUAUCUUUUUCCCUUGUUUCUCAUCUUUUUCCCUUGUUUCUCAUCUUAAAUUGCUACUCAACUGGUGCCCAGCCGCCUAUCGAUUACCCGACUGCAAAUCUUUCCACAACAUGGACCAAUAAUGAAUCUUUAACCCAUUCUGUUGAUUUUAGAGAUGGUUCAAGGGUCCGAGCCAUCCUCCUUAGAGGAUCAUUAGGGCCCAAAUUCGCAUGUGGUUUCUACUGCAACGGAAGCUGCACCUCUUACCUCUUCUCUAUCUUCAUUGUUCAAACCAACAGUGCAAGCGGUACCAUUCAACAGAUGGUGUUCCCUCAAGUGGUUUGGUCAGCAAAUCGAGACCAUCCAGUUAGUGAUGGUGCAAUACUGACUCUCACUUCAGCUGGAGGAUUAGCCCUGCAUGAAGUUAAUGGAAGCACAGUUUGGACUACCAACACUACUGGGAAAUCUGUUGCUGGUUUAAACUUAACUGAUGAUGGAAACCUAGUGCUGUUUGACAUCCAUAGGUCAGUGGUUUGGCAAUCUUUUGAUUACCCAACCGACUGUUUGCUACCGGGGCAAACACUGCGUCAAGGACAACAACUGAUACCUAGUGUUUCGUUUACCAACUGGACGGCCCAAAAAGGUUUGUUUUCUCUUCAAGUCACAGAAAAAGGUUUGUUUGCUUAUGUUGGAUCAAACCCACCUCAAGCCUAUUAUAGUAAGCCAGUCUCUGGCAACAAUGCAAAUAAAGGAAGAGGAUAUGUUAGGUUCUUGAAUGGUAGUUUGUCUUUAUUCAUUCUUUAUGAUGAUCUAAGUAUCCCUGAUGGCAAGAUUACCAUGCCUAAAGUAUCAUCGUCCCAGUAUAUGAAACUGAUGCCGGAUGGGCAUCUUCAAGUGUUUGAAUGGAAAGCAGAUACAUGGUCAGUGGUGGCUGAUCCAUUUAACAGUUAUCUUGAAAAGUGUAGAAACCCUUUGGCUUGUGGAAGAAAUUCCCUUUGCUCAGGUAAUCUAAAGUGUCGCUGUCUGUUACGUGUAAAAAUGGUGAUCAAGCGUGUGAGCGAGAGAUAGAAGAGAAAGAAUCAAAAGAGGAAGAAAGUCUCAAAAUCAUUCGCUAAUCUCAUUCCUGUAACCAAUUCGCUUAUUAACAACUAAUACAAUUGACUAGCUACACCUUCAACCCUCAUACUAUGCUAUUAUUACAUUUGACCCCCCUCUACUAUUUGAUACCUAACAUUACUCCCCCCUUAAAAGAUUUUUGUCCCCAAAAAUCAGAAUAAG